AGUUUCCGUACUUGGGAUAAUUUAUCAAUCUUGUGCAGAAAAUAAACCAAAGAAAGAUUUGAAGAAGAAAACAACAAAUCCUUGAGAUCCAUGUCGAGAGAGAGGAUCAAACGUGAAUUACCUCCUGUUCAAGAGCAUAUUGAUAAAUUGCGGAAAGUGAUAGAGGAAGGCAAUUACUAUGGAGCUUUGCAGAUGUAUAAAUCUAUCAGUGCAAGAUAUGUCACCGCUCAAAGAUUCUCUGAAGCUCUUGAUAUCCUCUUUUCAGGGGCUUGCAUUGAACUAGAACACGGCCUGGUGAAUUGUGGGGCGGACCUAGCUAUUUUGUUUGUUGACACACUAGUUAAAGCCAAAUCUCCUUGCAACGAUGAAACUCUUGAUCGUAUCAGGUGUAUUUUCAAAUUGUUUCCUCGGGUUCCUGUACCACCUCAUUUGGUAGAUGUGAGUGACGAUGAAGAUGUUCAAAAUCUUCAAGAAUCUCUUGGGGAAGCCAGAUCACGAGUAGAAAACUUGACUUCGUUCUUGAGAGCUGCUAUCAAAUGGUCUGCAGAAUUUGGAGGCCCACGUACUGGCUAUCCUGAGUUGCAUGCUAUGCUGGGUGAUUAUCUCUACACUGAGUGUCCUGAACUUGAUAUGGUCCGGAUAUCCCGACAUUUUGUUAGAGCUGAGGACCCCGAGAAAUUUGCAUCUAUGCUGGUCAACUUUAUGGGAAGGUGUUAUCCCGGAGAAGAUGACCUCGCAAUUGCACGAGCAGUUCUCAUGUAUUUAUCCAUGGGUAACAUGAAAGAUGCAAACUUUAUGAUGGAUGAGAUUAAGAAACAAGCAGAGACAAAAAAUCCUGAGCUUUCAGAAUCGGACCUUAUCCAAUUUAUCUCAUAUCUUCUGGAAACGUUGCAGAGGGAUGCAUUACCUCUUUUCAAUAUGUUAAGAGUAAAAUAUAAGUCAAGCAUAGAUAGAGAUCAGCUGCUUAACGAGUUGCUGGACGAGAUUGCAGAGAGGUUUUAUGGUGUGCAGCGUAAGAAUCCUUUGCAAGGAAUGUUUGGAGACAUCUUCAAGGUAAAUUAAAUCGCUAUAUAUACAUGAUCUGCAUAUAUCUCAUAUCUUGAAGUAACCAUUGAAACUGUGUAGAUGAUGGGCUGAGGAAGGAGUUUGAAGAGUGAGUUCUUUUUUUGGUUUUCCUUUCUGAUUUGUAUUUGGCAACGUACUAAUAAUGGAUAGCUCUGGGGAAUUCUCCAGAUCAUAAGUUAUUUCUCUUUUCCUCAAGUGGGUGAAACAGUUUUGUUCUUUGUAACAUUUUACAUUUGUUUGUCUUUACUAUAUUAAUUCAGGAUAGAUACAAAUUAAACUUCAAUUUGUGUCGAG